AUGAAAAGACAGAUUUAUACUGCGAAACUUAUUGUAUUGGUUAAGUAUGCGUUUAGUUACCUCUGUAAAUGGUUUCCUUUUACAAUUAGAAUUUCUUUGUAUUUUUCCCAUGCGGAGAGGCAGUUGACUGUAUGCAUCGAACGGGCUGCUGAUCUUCCAUCUCGCGCCGACGGUUCACCGAGAAAUCCUUACGUGAAGAUAUUUCUACUUCCGGAUAGAAGCGAGAAGUCUAGACGUCAAACGACCGUAUUAGCUGAAGCAGUGACUCCAGUUUGGAAUGAGUCGUUCUAUUACCAGGGAAUUACUGAACCGAUGUUAAUGGAGCGAGUCUUAGAGGUUUGA